CCUUCUUCCAUUCUUCUUUCCUUGUCUACUGAUCGGAGACUUGUAUCUCCGCCGGCGUGAAGGAUCCCAAUGGGUUCCAAAAACAAGAAGAAUAAAAAGGCGCCAAAGGAAACUCCUGAUGCUAACACGGCGGCGAAGGUUGCCGGCAAUCGCGUGUUUGGCAGCGGUAACAAAGUGAUUACGGACGAAAGAUUCGCAGCGUCGCAAAAAGACCCUAGAUUUCAGGAUGUUCCGAAGCAUAAAAAUAAGGUGGCGAUUGAUUCGCGUUUUAGUCGUAUGUUCACUGAUAAGAACUUCUCUACUUCCUCGGCUCGUGUAGAUAAGCGAGGCAGAGCUAAACAAGAUGGCGAUUCAUCUCAAGAUGCUCUUAAACACUAUUACCGAAUAGACAAUGAAGAAAAAGAACAGAAAAAACAGCCUGAGGAGUCGGAUGAUGACGAUGACGAUGACAUGGAAAGCGAUGAAGAGAACAAAGAAAAUGAGAGGAAGGAAGCUGAAAAGUUGAAGAAAGUUAGGGAGAAGUUGUCCAAAUCCAAAUCCAAAUCAGAAUCGGAGACGGAAUCAGAAUCAGAGUUAGAGUCCGAAUCCUUGGGAGAAGAAGAAGAUUUUAAGGAUGAUUGGACUUCCACAGAUACGGAUGAAGAUGAUGAAGCUUAUCUAGAGGAAGAAAAUGAUGCUUUGCAGCUGGAGGAGAAUGUACCUGAAAUUGACAAAGAAACUCACAGGCUCGCUGUUGUUAAUUUGGACUGGAAUCAAGUUCAGGCAGUUGACUUGUUUGUUGUGUUAAGCUCGUUUCUGCCAAAAUCAGGGCAGAUUUUAUCUGUGUCUGUAUAUCCAUCUGAGUUUGGACUCAAGCGAAUGGAAGAGGAGGCAGUGCGUGGUCCAGUUGGUUUAUUUGAUGAUGAGGAUGGGAAAAAUACGAAAAAUGAUGAUAACGACGAUAGUGAUGAUGACAGUGAGAUAGACAAUGAGAAGUUGCGGGCUUAUGAGCUAAGCAGGUUAAGGUACUAUUUUGCAGUGGUAGUAUGCGACUCAAUUGCUACCGCUGAUUACCUUUACAAAAGCUGCGAUGGCAUUGAGUUUGAAAGGUCCUCAAAUAGGCUGGAUUUGAGGUUUAUCCCAGACUCCAUGGAGUUUACACAUCCUGCACGUGAUGUUGCUACUGGAGCUCCAGCGAAUUAUGAAGGUAUAGAUUUUCAGACUCGAGCAUUGCAACUCAGCAAAAUUGAUCUUACUUGGGAUGAGAAUGAACCCCAGCGUUCCAAGAAGCUUAAAAGGAAAAUUAAUGUUGACCAGGAAUCCGAGUAUGUUAAGGAUGAACUUGAAUUAAAGGAAUUCCUUGCUUCAAGCGAGAGUGAAACUGAUGAAGAUGAGAAUGAUGUUGAUGGUGGCAAUAAGCCUGGGAAAAGACAGAAAACCGAUGCAUACCGUGCUCUUCUCCAGUCUGGGGAUGGUUCUGAUGAGGAUGAAGAUGACGAUGGAAUAGAUAUGGAGGUGACUUUUAACACUGGCUUAGAGGAUCUAAGCAAAAAAAUUCUGGAAAAGAAAGAUAAAAAAUCAGAAACCGUUUGGGAUGCAUAUCUUCGCAAAAAGAAAGAGAAAAAGAAAGCUAGGAAGAAUAGAUCCAAGAAUUCAUCAGAUGAUGAGAGCGGUGGUUCUGAUGAUGAACCGGUUGAAGAACCUGGUGACUUCUUUACAGAAGAAUCUGCUCCAAAGAAAAAGGUGUCGGGUGAUAGAAGAGGUCAAGAAACCAAAACAGGGUUAGCAGGUGAAGAAGCUGCAGCAAGUAGAGCAGAACUCGAAUUGUUACUCGCAGAUGAUGAUGGCGGAGAUGCUAAUGUGAAAGGAUACAAUUUGAAACGUAAAAGGUCUAAAGGGAAGAAGGGAAAACAAGAAGCUAUAGAUGAAGGGAAGAUACCGACCGUUGAUUAUGAUGAUCCUCGGUUUUCAUCUCUCUUUACCAGACCAGACUUUGCUUUGGACCCAACUGAUCCUCAAUUCAAAAGGAGUGCGGCAUAUGCACGACAGGUGGUUCAUAAGCAGCAUAAGGGUGAACCCGAAGAGAAGGGACGUGAAGGUAAUGUAGUAGGAGUUGAGGCGGAUAAAACGGAUUCAAAGAAAGAUAAGCAUGAGAUGUCAUUGUUACUGAAGUCGAUUAAAAUGAAAUCGAAACAAGUGCCGUUGCCUUCUGAUGGUAAGAAAUCAAGAAGGAAAGGGAAAUAAUUGCACAAAAUAAUCUAGAGAGAAAUGUUGUUUUUGUAAGGUCCGUUUUCAUUCCUUUUCAUGUUAUAUUUUUAAAGUUUCGUAUUCCUCAAAUAUGUAUCGGGUUCUUGCGUUUUCGAGACACAAUAUUUGGUAUAAUGUGAAUUGACGUUUUCAUUUG